UAAUAAGUUCAUCCCGUACGUCAUAACUGCCCCACCCCCAAACUUAGCCCCUUAAUCUCGAUCAAAAUGGAAGCACCACCACCAACUCAGUUGAAGAAAACGAAUACGUACUUGAAAUUGCAGCAGAAACUACUAGAAAUUGAAGCAGAAGUCAUCCAAUUCACCAAUUUACCCGGCGAUACACUUGGCCUCGAUCAUCUCGCUGAACAAAUCGAAAAAAAGAUCGCGUUCUUCAAAAACCUCCUAAACGCCGAAACUGUUUCUCACGAUUCGACGUCUAACGAUUUGUCGGAAAUUGAAGGAAAAUUAGAAGAAGUGGAGGCCGAGUUUUUUCAGUCGAACUCUACAAUUGUGAAUGAGAAUGACGAUAGCGAAAACAGUUCUGGUUCUGUUUGUGAACACUGUUCCAAUAAUGAACCUCAGGUGGCCGGAAAUGAGAAUUGGAAAGUUUACGAAAAUUCUGCGAUGUUUUACGAAGCAAUGAUGUCGCCAUCAGAGAUGUUUCGUAAACCGGUGGUGCCGCCAUCGAUAUCGGAGAUGAUUCAUGAAGUAGCGAUGCCGCCGCGAUCUGAUCUGGAAGAUCGUAAAGAGGUGUCGUGUGAUUGUGAGCGGGAACAAACCGGCGGAUGUAAGAAGCGUCCGAUGCGGUGGUGGUGGAGGAUGUUGGUUGUUUUAAUGACGGUGCAAACUCUUGUGUAAAUCCAAAGUACUCAUUACAAGUUUGGUAAUAGUUUAUCCAAAGGUAUCCUUGCUCAUACCCUUGCUCCAAACCUGCUAAUACUCGAUACUUAAAUCAUGUCAUACAAAAAAAAAGUUUCCCCUUUUGUGGAAUGUCUAUAAUUAUCUUGAUGUUUCCAAGAAAGAUCAACAUUCAGAAUAGAUGGUGUCCAUACAAUAAAUACCCUUAUCAUAUUGGACGAAGAUGUAUUUUUCUGUACUAAAAUACUUUUCUUCCAUGUUUGUUUUUCCAUCUAUUAAGAUCCUUCAUACAAAGUCUCAUUUAGCCCUAAAUGGUUACAGCCGGGACUAAAAAUAAUCAAACAAACAGAAGUACCUUGUUAUUUUUUGCAUUUAUCCUAAAACAUGUUAAAGCAAGAAAUAGCAACGUACCUUAAAGAACACACACAUCAUAUGCAUAUACACACACUACACACACUGUCAAUUAUGUUGAAUUGGUUUAGGCAAAUUCAACAAAGCCGCUUAAGGCCACAAGAUAUCAUUCCCAAAUGAAUUUACUAAAAGUUCAGGUAACUCUACUUCUAACCAAGACAAAUAAAGUGUAAGGCUUAAUUGGUGACAUAAAAGAAAAAGAUAAUUAAUAAAAAAUGAAAGUACAUUGUGUGCUUUGUGUACUUUUCUUUAGCCUAAGUAGAUAUAAGAACAAUUUUGCCUCAAGUACACGACUACAAUUCCUAGUCAUGAUCUGCUAUAGCUUUAAUCGCAUGCUUAAAUGCCUCUAUUAUGACUUGUAAUGGAGGAUAAAUCUAUGUUCCAUGUAUAUGUAAGUAGUAAAACAUAUUGCAAAAUCAAAGGGCAAAAUCAUCAUUAUGUGUACAACCAUACAUACUUAACAACACUACAUUUAUAAAGUACUUUCCAUGAAAGUAAGAUGUAUAUUUCACAAUAUCAAAUUUACUUUUCUUCAAAGAAUAUCUCAAUCAGAGAAUAUUCCCUUUUAAAAUUUGUUCUAAGGACAUGUUUUAAUGCUAUCAACAUGUCAUUCAUAUACAUUUUAAAAAACCGAAUGUAUUAACCUCCUUAACCUUUUCAAGCAUCUAUUUUGCCCCGACAAAGGUUCCACACAGUGCAUAGCCAAAAAAAAAAAGUUCAUGCAGAACAAACAUCUAAACAUAAAAAAAUACUUAAAGAAAGUAUGUUGCUAUUUCAAAGUAUAAUGCUUUAAUAAGGAAAUUAGUAUAAAACUGUACUUUCUAACCAAUUAUAUCAUUGUACUUUUAUUUCUACCUAUUACAAUGUUGUAAUGAAAAGAAAUGUAAGUAAAAUACCACAAUACACAUAUAAUUACAAUGCUAUGUCAUGCAUUUACCAGUAAUCUUCUAAACCAUGCUUUCGUUGCCAUCCAUAAAUUAAAAAUCUUAGAAAAAAAUAAGAAUAAAGUAAAAUAAUAGCAUUGUACUAUUUAAGUACAAUGGUUUAAUAAAAAAUAUUAAAAAAUAAAUAAAUAAAGUAUUUUGCUAUUCCUUGGAUCUAACCCCUGAUUGGGAUAAAUGCAACAAAAAUAGCAAUAUAUUUUGGUUGUAUGUGGGUGCAUGUGUAAUAGAAGAUAUAAAAGUAAGAUGUUAUAAUAAACUAACUGAUCACCAUAAAGCAUUCAAGAAUCUCAUCAACAUUCUUGAUGACUUGGCAACAACCAUAUCAGAUUCUUUUAGUUAUUUUGUGGAUGUAACUCAAGUAAAGAAAUACCAACAUACUUUAUACCCAAUUUUUUACACCAUGUGGACAGAAACAAUCAUCAGAAUUGAACAUUACAUAAUGCAUAUAUAGAAUUGGAUAAACUGAAUCAAACCUGAAACAAAGUGUGACCAAAUGAAUCUCGUAGAGGUUUGACAUUGGAAAAUGGACGUUUUAGAGGCAGCUCACAAGAAACUCGAUUCAAUAACCGCAUUUAAAUUUGCCACAUCUCAACCAUAAGAUGGAUCUUUUCUUAAGGAAACCAUCCGAUAAUACUUAUGAAAUUAGUCAAAUGUUAAUGGCUAUUUGAUAAACAUAAAAGGAAUAUACCUUAGCUUGCCGACCAACAUGAAGUCUAAAACCAGAAGCCUAACACCAGUUACAUCCAGGGGAGGAGCCAACACAUUUAAGAAGAUGGGCUUACGUAGUAAUAACAUAUUAAAAUAUAUUUUAUCUUGAAUAAUAUAAUAAAGUAUUUAAAUUUGAAACAAAUAAAUUCAUAAAUAAAAUUACAAU